AUGGACGUCGAUGAGGAGGCGUAUAUUCUCCUGCUUCUUGCCGACGGAAAUCUCCCGACAGGCUCGUUCGUUGCGUCGUCUGGGCUAGAGUCGUAUAUCACACAUGGAUUCUUCGCUCGAUCUUCAACAAAAGCCCCACUACAGUCUGUUUGCGAGUUCGUCGAAGAUAGCCUAGGAACUUACGCAAGAACUGCUUCGCCAUUCGUGACGGAUGCCCACCAGAUCGUCUCCUCCAUGACGUGCGGCACAAUGACCACAGAAGACGCCCUUCCUCAGCUCAUCACCCUCGACGACCUAUAUGACGCGAUGACCUUGAACCACGUCGCGCGCCGUGCUUCCCAGGGGCAAGGUGUUGCCUUGCUCACACUUUAUUCGAAGGGAUUCUCGGCUCCUGCUGAUUCGUACUCCGUGGGACCUCCUCCAUUGAACGCCUCCGCGGAAAAGAUGGGAAAGAUAGUGGACAAGAUGAAAUUUACUAUUCGCAAAGGAGAUACCCCAGGCCAUCUGCCGAUCUGCUGGGGUAUCCUCACCGCGGCCCUAGGACUCGGUGUCGAGCGGAGUUUGCGACUGCACCUCUUUCUACAUGCGAGAGGCCUCCUUUCUGCUGCGGUCAGGUUAAACGCCAUCGGACCUUAUGCCGCUCAACAGCUGUUACUACACACGAUCAAGCCGCUGGUCCAGCAAGAAACUCAGAGAUGCACCGAUCUGCGGACUGGUGUAAUGGAAAUCCAGUCUGGUACACAACCAUCGCCUUCAGACCGUGCAUCGGUUACCGUGGAUGGUCCUGCAACAACCUGGCCCCUGGGGGAAAUUCUCGCAACAAGACACGACUUACAACAUUCCCGAGUUUUCAACAGUUGA